AUGGCCACCAACAUAAUCUACACCCGGCCCUACACCGGCGGCCCCUACUACAGCCUCCCCGUCCCAGGCACCUACCCCCCUCGCAACGUCCGCCUCCCCGUCAAUGGCACCUCCAUCGCCACCUUACCCAACUACUACCACCAUCUAUAUUCUCCUCCUGCUGCUACAGCCAUGAUAACCACUACCACCAUCACCACCACCACCACUACUACCAUGCCCUGCUAUCCGCUGGCCUCUCCGAUCGUCUACUUUCCCGGCACAGCCUCACAUGACUAUCCACUUCUUGGCUUCUACUACCACGCCCCAUCCCGCAAGAUGCCCACUGGUAUGGAUUUCUCAUAG